GCGCGCCAGCUGCCGCACAUCAUGAUUUUAGCUCAGUGGUGCGAGAUAAUAUGUGAUGAACAGUGCAUAAUAGUGAAUAAUCACGUCGAAGAUGCAGUGCUUCUCACGUGAUUUUCAGUCAACGAAGUGCAGCCUCUGUAGUUAAACAUGAAAUGUUCUUGGUGCUAUACAGAUACUUAGUUAUGAACGACGAUACGAAUUUAACGACUGUGCCAAUAAUGGAACUUUGCUGCUACGAUAAUGUCUAUCCAACGUUUAUUGAUUCGGCAGUGUCGUCCCCAUACCAGAGUAUUAACCAGACGGACGAAUCAGGCGAAGAGCUUCCAGCGGAGAUUGCAGUCACACUACUGUCGCAGCUUAUAGUUGGUGUAUUGCUGGUAUUCCUAAUCUUCUUCUCGGUGGCCGGUAACAUUCUUGUAAUCGCAGCGAUAUGCACAGACCGAGCACUCCGUCGGAUAGGCAAUCUAUUCCUUGCCUCGCUGGCGGUAGCCGAUUUAUUCGUCGGCUGCCUUGUCAUGACAUUUGCUGGGGUAAACGACCUACUUGGUUAUUGGAUUUUCGGCUCGGGUUUCUGCGACACUUGGGUCGCUUUCGACGUCAUGUGCAGCACUGCAUCAAUACUCAAUCUUUGCGCUAUAUCGCUCGAUCGGUAUAUUCACAUUAAAGAUCCUCUCAGGUACGAGAGGUACGUGACGAAAGGUGUCGCUUGGGCGAGCAUACUGACGGUUUGGAUGAUGGCCAUACUCAUAUCGUUUUUGCCUAUUAGUCUCGGUCUGCACAGGCCAAACGAACCGCCGAUAGAACAUAUCGUUGGCAAUAUGUCAUAUCCGACGUGCGCAUUAGACUUGACGCCGACAUAUGCAAUAGUGUCGUCAUGUAUUUCCUUCUACGUGCCGUGUAUCGUGAUGAUAGGCAUCUACUGUCGCCUCUACUGUUACGCUCAGAAGCAUGUGAAGAGUAUAAGAGCAGUGACGAAAUUGCCCGAACCAUCGUCACUAACGAAAAGCUUUCGUUCCAAGAGUAAACGUAUUAAAAGUCCCAAACCACAGACCAAGUGUAAACCUACGAGCCCUUAUCACGUGUCGGAUCACAAGGCAGCGAUAACCGUGGGUGUUAUUAUGGGUGUAUUUCUCAUCUGUUGGGUGCCGUUCUUUUGCGUCAACAUCGUCAUGGCUUUCUGCAAGACUUGCAUACCUGAUUUAGCAUUUCAGAUCCUCACUUGGCUGGGCUACAGUAACUCGGCCUUCAAUCCGAUCAUCUAUUCGAUCUUCAACACGGAAUUCCGCGAAGCGUUCAAGCGUAUACUGACGAAAGGUGCGCGCGGUCGCUACAAUCAGCCGUCGACGAGUGAAUGUGGUGAAUUUCGGUCAGUGGUGGUAACCAAACGCAACGGAUCAAUUGUCGAGUGUAACAUUAGUCCACGCUCAAGUGCCGACAGUUGUCAAGUUGGUCCUCUUGGGCAACGCCAUCGCGACACUAUUGUUAGCGCUAUCUAAAAGACAAUCAUUGUGUGUACAUAUAUUAUCGUAUAAUGCAUUUUAUUGAAGAUUGGACAUAUCUAUUGAAUGCACCACAGAGACUCUUAAGUACUCUAUCUAUCUAAAGGCUGAUGUGUACAACCUUUUAAUUUUUUAUUGUUUAAAAAGUAAUAAAACGUUAUUCAGCGAACAAAUUUACAUAUCAAUCAAGUUUCUGAUCACCAUGUACUUGUUUUAAUCGUAAGACGGUAACAAUUAUUUCAACAUAUCAGCAAUAGUGAAAUUGAUACUGUACAAUUUAUUAUUUAUACAUACAUGCCGAGUACAGUAUUAUACGGAAACACUCAAAUUUUGAAAGUUGCGACGAAUUUUAUUAUACUUUAGAUUAUAGUUAGGAUUUAGUCUACAAACAAAAGAAUCGCUACUUGGAUUCUAUCAAGUAAAGAGGAUAGUCUAGAUUGAAUAUUUAGAAUGAAAGUGAUAUUGCCUGAAAAUUAUUGUUACGUCAUAAGCGGAUUCUGUACGUCAAAAUUACAAAAUUAAGUAUCUACAUGUUAUUGUUUAUCAUCGGCAAAUUUUACGAGAAGUAUAUAUUGUUAAAUAGGAGUUGCUAAAUUCACAAGAGAUUUAUUAGAUUAUUAAACUCUGUGCAUCGUAUUGUUAGAAGAUUCACUUUAACAAAAGUAAAAAUUGCCAUGACACACAAUCAAUAUUGUUGCUGUAAAAUAAAAGUCAUUUUUGUACUAUCAAAGCUUUGAUCUUAGACUGAUUAAGUUUCAAAGUAUUGUAUAUAGAUUUUUUACUUGUGAUAGAUUGUAGAAUACAUAGUUGAGUUAUGUACAAUUACUUUUAUGUCCCGUUCAUAAUCGAUUUACAUGUUUUAUCCCCAUUAAAUGCUUUCAAGAAACAAAUAAUUUAUGAAAAUGUCAAGUUAAAACACGAAAAAAUAACGAUUUCUUUUUUAUUUAUAAGUCAGUCAUCAGACAUGAGCUUUAAUAAUUAGCACGAAUAUCUAAACUUGCAGGAAAUAUUACUUAACAUGUAUUUGUAUACGAGCGCAAUAACUCCAUGUAAUACUUUUCCAUAUGAAUACAGGGUACAUUACUCAUAGCUGAUGGUAAAAUAACGUAAUAAUUGAAGAAUUUAAGUUUUGGAAAAGUUUUCGUAAGUUUUUUCCUUCUCUCGCAUGUCAGACAAAAAUUUGUUAACAAAAAAGCAAUUGAACAGUAUUUUCCAAAAGCGGGCCAAGAUGUGAUAUUUGUUUGUUGUGACGUCAAGUUGACAACUCAACUUUACAAAUUUAUUUUUUGAAUGAAAAGCUAAAAAGCCCUUUUUUUAAGUAAAUAAAUGUUUAUCCUAAGAAGCCACACAUGGAUUCCAUUUAGAAACUGCACAAUUUGUUGAGUAUACACUAAUUAAAAGCAUUGUACUAUUAACAAAAUUAAUAAAUGAAAAGUUGUAAUAAGAGAUGAUACUUAACGAAUAAUAAUGAAACUUUGUAUUACUGGCAUAUCUAAAAACAAAAUGAAGUAUAUAAUGCUUAUGCAUAAGAAAUUGUUGAAAAUUAGAACUGAUAUUUAACUGUCGUCAGGAAAAACCAUGAAUAAUAGAUUUAUGAAAUCAUAUAUAGUUAAUGUAUUUAUGUAUAUAUUAUAUUUAUAAAUUGUUGUAAGAUUAAAGUAAUUAUGCAAUUACGUAUCUAAUGUGAUAUUAAGUUUUCAUAUAUUAUAUAAAUAUUAUGAAAUCUAUGGAUCACAUUAUUACUAAAAGCAGCAAUUCAGUACACUUUUUACAUCAGAUGCAAUCGAGUGAAUAUAAAUGUAUUCAUGAUGGCAGCAAAUAUGGAUUAUUAAUUUUUAUCCUAAUCAUAUGAGCUUUCAUUUCUUUACGAUUGUAACUUCGUU